UCCUGAACUGACACCUCAACACAGCGCUCACGUGGGCGGGACUUCCGGCUGCGCGCACCAGGAAGAAUCGGAUGCAAGUUUCGCCGCUCGACCGUGCAUCCAUAUGCUCGUUACUUUAAACGUUUUAAUGUGAUUCUGGUGCUUUUUCUACCCAGUAGUGUUUGCAAAAAUGUUAUCUUUAGACUUUCUCGACGAUGUUCGUCGCAUGAAUAAGCGGCAGCUUUAUUACCAGGUGCUGAACUUUGGCAUGAUUGUUUCCUCUGCCCUGAUGAUCUGGAAAGGGCUGAUGGUUGUCACUGGCAGUGAGAGUCCGAUUGUUGUUGUUCUCAGUGGGAGUAUGGAGCCAGCUUUCCACAGAGGAGACCUGCUGUUUCUGACCAACCGGGUAGAGGACCCCAUCAGAGUAGGAGAGAUUGUUGUCUUCAGGAUAGAAGGCAGAGAGAUCCCCAUAGUACACAGAGUACUAAAGAUCCAUGAAAAGGAAAAUGGAGACAUUAAGUUCUUGACCAAAGGGGACAACAAUGCAGUGGAUGACAGAGGACUGUACAAGCAGGGCCAACACUGGCUGGAGAAAAAGGAUGUGGUUGGUCGAGCUAGAGGGUUUGUGCCAUACAUUGGAAUCGUCACCAUCCUCAUGAAUGAUUACCCCAAGUUUAAAUAUGCUGUGCUCUUCUUGCUGGGUCUCUUCGUGUUGGUUCAUCGGGAGUGAGGCUCCUACACUUCAGGACUCAAGAAGGAUAAACUACGUCCAGGAAACCUCAGUCAUGCCUUUCAAAACAGAAUUAAGUUAGACUUUGUCAAACCCAACUGGCUUUUUUGUACCAUUUGUUUGAACAUUUUGUAGAAAUGUUGAUAGGGUGUUUACAUUUGAAAAAUACAAGCUUUAAAAAUAUUUUUGUGAGGGAAACUAGGCUAGAUUUAGUUAAAAAUUGAUCUUUAUUUGUAAUCCUCAGAAUGUGAAACAGCAUUCAGUAAGAUAAAUUAAGUCUUGUUUCUUUUCUGUUGAACUGUUGUCUUUGAAAAAGAUAUGUGAAGUAUUUUAUGACAACUAAAUAUGAAUGAUAUUAAAUAUGAAAUCUGGUUACCAUCCACUAUGGAUUCUUUUAA